AUGCUUCGGCAGGUAGGCCGCGCCCUGUUCCUUGCGGUACUCAUUCAGUGUGUCAGCCGCACUGCACAAACCACGGCAGAUGUACAGCCCACCCAUACGUGCGAAAGUGGAACGCUGGAAGUUUCGUUGACUCCGCUCGAUCUUUCCGUCAAGUUAGCGUGCUCCAGUGGGUCGGCAAUCUCGGAGGAAUCCGGCAAGGCGUUUGCCUACGUGGACGGGAACUGCGGAAGUGAUGCGAAAGCGUUCGCUGAUUUGCUAGGAAGUCAAGCUGAAGCACAAUUGUUGGACAAGGUACUGACAUUCACGCAACUACCUAUCGAAGCAGGACAAAUUUGUUAUCAGUGCAAGGCAAACCACGUAGUCACUUGCACAGUCGUAAUCAAUGUCCCGAGCGCGGCAAAAAGUUGCAAGCCUUCGGAGGCCGGGGAUCAUGCUUUUAAAGCAGCAGCCGCACAGGAUCUCGAUCUCCAGGUGGAGAACAACGAACCCGUUUUCUUCACCUGUCCUCCUGGCUACAAUCUUGAGCCCACGGAUGAACACCAGGCAUACGUUGGAACAGAUCAAUGCGGUGAUAAUGCGACUCGAAGAGCCGAUGUUCAGCGAAAGGGAGAGAACAACGGUCCUUACUCGUUCCAGCUGGCGGAAAAACCGAAGAAGGAGGAAAUGUUUUGCUACAAAUGCACUAAAAGCAAUCGUGGCACAGGCGAACAGUGCAUGAUCAAAAUCGAAACUGUGACUACAACGACCACAACAGCAAGUGGAUCGUCGACGGAUGAUGAAUCUACGGAUUCUACUGCUUCCGCAGCAGCGACGUUGACUUACGUCACUGGAGUCUUGUGCGUGGCAGUUAUGUGGCUCGAACUCCGCUUUUAA